UUGACUUCUGUUUUAAAUUGGAAUUUUUUUAGCAUAAAAUGUAUAAACGAGUUGUUUUAUUAUUGGACCCAAAGUUGGACGUUGCACCUUCCAUCCCCGCUAAACCGGCCUGCUAAUACCAAGUUUUAGAGAGACACAUGGUAUUCUUCGUUGUCUCAGUGCUAUAAAAAGGGUCGUGGCUAUCUGAGACAAAACGUCACCUCUAAAUUUACUCAAACAUCUAUUCACACAUACGCACAAGAAGAUAUAAACUAGAGUGACUUGGAUUCCGAUGGAGGAAGAGAGACGAAGCGAAGAAGAAAGCUCUCAUCUUUGGAAUCCUUUUCAUUUCUUUAACGAAGCUAUCAAGAGCUUCCUGAAGUGUCUUGGUCUUCAUAUCUCCCCUUCUCCUUCGGCAUCUUCGGAGGCUCCAAACGGCGAGGUGACAACAAGGGGAAUGAUAGUCAGGUCAAAGCAAAGAGGGAGAGAGACACCUAGCUCUGGAAGGCCAGGCCGCCACAACUAAGGAGUUGAUUUGUUCGUUAAUUUGCUGCUAUCACCCAUACACGUGGAAAACGGAUUACAAGUGCAUGCAAUUUCACGUUCAUUCAUAAUCAUCGUAAAUGUGUAUAUAUUGUUUCUUCUAAUGACCGUUUCACUUCAUGAAGUUUUUUCACAAGGUUCUAAA